UGGUGAACCAACAGUAAGUCAACAACCAGCUCCCUCUCGCUGUUUGCAUCGUGAUCUCACGGAUGCGGAGAGCCGCUCGGCGAAGCAGGGUCACCUUCUGUCAUUGCAACGAAAAUCGUUGAAUUGCUUUGCAGUUUACCGUCUCGCUGGAUUACUGCAUCACGCAUCUCCGGGUGGUUGAUCUCUGUUGGGGUUUUGGUGGAACACUGCUCUCCCCGGUGUUUAUGGAAACCUAAUUUUCCAGGUGGAGAAGUGCAUGAAGAUCCCAGCGUCACUGCAGACACCUCCAGCUUCCAGCCCUCGUUGCCACUUCCGGGAAAAUGUCUGGCUCUUACGAUGAAACGGCUGGCCUCGACGAGACCACGGACAGCUUCUGGGAGGUGGGGAACUACAAGCGCACGGUGAAGAGGAUCGAUGAUGGCCACCGGCUCUGCAAUGACCUCAUGAACUGCCUCCACGAGCGGGCCAAGAUUGAAAAGGCUUACGGCCAGCAGCUGACCGACUGGUCAAAGAGAUGGAGACAGCUGGUAGAGAAAGGGCCCCAGUACGGCACAGUGGAGCGUGCCUGGCUGGCACUGAUGACAGAGGCUGACAAGGUGAGCGAGCUGCACCAGGAGGUGAAGAACGGCCUGCUCAACGAGGACCUGGAGAAGGUGAAGAACUGGCAGAAGGACUCCUACCACAAGCAGAUGAUGGGCGGCUUCAAGGAGACCAAAGAGGCGGACGAGGGCUUCAAGAAAGCCCAGAAGCCCUGGGCCAAAAAACUCAAAGAGAUGGAGACAGCGAAGAAGACAUACCACAUGGCCUGCAAGGAGGAGAGGCUGGCUGCCACCCGGGAGGCCAACAGCAAGGCCGACGCCUCUGUCACCCCCGACCAGCAGAAGAAGCUCCACGAGAAGGUGGACAAGUGCAAACAGGAUGUGCAGAAGGCAAAGGAGAAGUACGAGAAGUCACUGGAAGAGCUGGGGAAGUGCACUCCUCAGUACAUGGAGAACAUGGAACAGGUGUUUGACCAGUGCCAGCAGCUGGAGGUGAAGAGGCUGACCUUCCUGAAGGAGGUGCUGUUGGACAUCAAGCGCCACCUCAACCUCACCGAGAACCAAAGCUAUAGCUCAGUGUACCGGGAGCUGGAGCGUACGAUCCUGGCUGCCAACGCACAGGAAGACCUGAAGUGGUUCAGCAACAACCACGGCCCCGGAAUGCCCAUGAACUGGCCGCAGUUUGAGGAGUACAACCCAGACCUCACCCACACCAUCACCAAGAAGGAGAAGGUGAAGAAGCCUAACGAGGGUGUCACAUUGACCAACGUCACCCCUGGAGGGGACCACCUGGCGCAGGCUGGUGACCGGGGCAGUGUGAGCAGCUAUGAUAAGAACCAGACGUACCAGACAGAGUGGUCCGACGACGAGCAGCCCGCCGCCUACUCGGGCAAUGAGACGAACGGGGGCGCCAACCCCUUUGAGGAGGAGUCGGCUAGCACAAAGGGGGUGCGCGUACGGGCCCUCUAUGACUAUGACGGGCAGGAGCAGGACGAGUUGAGCUUCAAAGCAGGGGAUGAGUUGACCAAGCUGGAGGAUGAAGAUGACCAAGGCUGGUGUAAAGGUCGCCUAGACAGUGGCCAGCUGGGCUUGUACCCAGCCAAUUAUGUGGAGUCCAUCUAGUCACCUUAAUGAAGGAGGACACCCCAUUGGAGGCAGCUCAGACUGUACCGUCCAAUCAUACUGCACAUAGCCAGAGACUCAAGAGUAACACUUCCCUUGCCAGGCAGAUGCGCCAAGCAGUCUUGACUAAACAUGAUCUUAGUAACUAUACAGUGUAUACAAUAUAUGUUUAUCCAUUCCGAGGGGGGUGGGGGGAAAGUUUAACAAAAAAUAAAUAAAGCAUACAGUAUUUAUUCCAGAAUAUAUAUGAAUAUACCACCAUUCAAGCAAGUGCAGGGAAACAUUUAUCAUUUUGUGUAGCUGUGUUCAGUAUGAAUUUUGUGCAGCUGAUAUAACAUAUGUGUAGCGGUAUGUUCUCCUAUAACAAUGAGUGUUAUGUAGUCGAUGACACCUGUGUAGCCAGAAUGAGCUAUGCAACGUGAAUUGUGUAUAUUUGAUGACAUUUUUGUGUAGCAGUCUUGAUGCUAUGCGUGUACAGUCUUUAUUCUUGCAUCAGUAACGUUGCAUAGCGUUACCCAGAGAAGCGCUACGCAGUGCACUUUUUUUCCUUUUCAUUUCUUUUCUUUGUGGUUUUGGUUACAUUCCUGUGACCGGUGCGUGCUAUACAGUGUGUCGUUCCUCUCUGUGUUUGACUCUGCUAGCAGCAUGUGCUAUGCAACACACGUUCAGUGCAUCUCAGUGACACCACGCCGAGCCAUACCUGCGGGACUGCAACGCAUAACCAUGUGACCGAGGGGGCAGGCCAGGGCAUAGGAUCUUUUCCCUGAGGCCGCGGGGUUCGAGCACCGCCACGCUCCCGCGGCCUUGUUCCAGGCGAUGUCAUCGUCCGCAAAGCGAAAAACGUUCCUUACGAACACAAGUCUCUCUCAAGCUUUUGUUAUUAUGGCUUAUUAGUUCUUAUUUCCUGUGUCAAUGAGCUGCUUUCUUGGACGGUUUUUGCAGCUGACCUCUGGGAAA